UGUACCGGCAACCAACCGGUAAGUAGAUUCUCGUCGGUCGCAAGACUCAGACACGGUCAGGAACAGCAGCUGACAUGCUCUGGUUCCUGUACUCGCUCGACUUAAGCGUCGACUGAUUCCGCCGGCGCCCAUACUGGCAGCCGACGCCUGCUGGUCGUUAACUAUCGCAUCGCCUCAUCUGACUUGCCUGCCUCUCCUCACCUGAUAAAGCCGCAUCCAUCGGUCGCCAGCGUUGUCGUCAUUGAUCACUCUCCCUCCUUGUCUAUGAUCAUGGCUUUCACAAUGCGUUCUACCCCAGAUUCCCACGUACUCGAUCUGAACCCCAGUUUUCCGGGGGGUCUCUCGAUCUACUUUUCAUGAAAGUGCCCAUGGAGGUCCGAUACAGGCAACCUCGUGAUGGGUAUUCAGGCUGAUGGUAACAGCGCCAAAGCAGCAUCCUCUACGAUGAAAUCUCCCACCGUGGCGAUGGUGACCAUCGAUCGUUCUCCAGCUUCGUUGCAACAGCCCGUUGGAGCAGCACCGCCGUCGUCCUCUCGCCCCCCGGCCCCUCAGCCCCCCGACAAGACGAAGACGCCUUCCGAUCCAGCGCUGCCCGAUCCCAACCUCAUCAACCCUCGUCUUCUCAUCAACGGGGCGUGCAUCUACGAGCGUCAUCUCCCGGGGGACGCAUACAUCACCGCGCGAGUACAGCGCCUCCAGCACGGAUACUACUCCAGCCCGGCCGUCUCCAAUCAAGAUGCCGACCAUGUGGACUUCCUCGGGGUGACCUUCGUCUUCCACUCGCCCAACACCCUGUCGCACCGCUUCAAAGCCGCGACCAUCCGCGCGUCCGUCCACGGGGGUCGGGACUCCCCAUCCUCCGGGGCAGCGGCCCGGGCCCGGUACAGCCCUCGAUUCUUGAUGCACGCGCCGCACCUCCUCUACGGCGCGGUGUCUCCGGAGACCAUGCAGUGGAACUACAGCCUCAGCGGGUCACUGGGGGUCGCCGACCUGCCGCUGAUCGCCAGUCUCUCGCCGAGCGGGGGCAUCAACGGCCGGUACAAGCGGUACGAGAUGAUGCGCAUCCAGGGGUCCGUCCGGUCGCGGAGGAGCCCCCGCGGUCGCGAGUACGACGUCGAAGCCGGCGAGAUCGUCUGGUCCCUGGAGGAGAACACGCUGCAGCGGUCGGGGCUUCCGCGGGAGUUCACCUUCGCCAUGUUGAUCCAGAAACCACGCGCGGAGAGCCGGGUGCAGUUCGCGCUGGAGAUCGAGCCGGUGCUGCAGAGCUGGGUUUGCAGUUAUCCCGGGUUGUGGUUGGGGUUGCCACGCUACCAGCCCGUGCGACGACGGCCGGUGGACUUUCGAGUGCAGGUCGGCCAGCGGUUCGAGCCGGUCACUCCGAACCGGGGGUUCAACUUUGCGGCUCUGGAGAGUUCCUUCGAUGACUAUGUUCAUAUGCCGGGACGGAAGUUCUCUACGGGGAUCUCCCCGGACGGCGGGAUAUUCCAAGACGAUAAUGAGCUCCGACGAGACGUGACGCGUGAUUUGACGAUGAUCGAUCCGCUCGGGGGCGUGGCCAAGAUCCCCACUCCGGCCAAUGCUGCCUGGGAGCUGGCGAGGAGGACGGCACUGGACCAGGCUGCCGUGCCUUCGAUGGCGGGCUUCGACCCGGGGUCGUUCACCAUGCGGCUGUUGUUGGACAACGACCAGAGCACGCAGCAUACACAGGUGGCGUCCGAACUGACCACAAUCCGGGGGACAACAGUGGAGCGUAAGAACAUGCGCCAAAGUCGUCGGAGCAGUCGAGGUCAGAGCGACCGUAGUCAGGGCCAGAGUGGCUAG